AUGACGUUAAACAGAAAAUGGAAGUUUUACAUUAUUUCUACGCUCUAUUUUCCAGUUGCUCCAGUAUGUCGACCAGCUCAGCGUUACGUGUAUGGUACGGCAGUACACGAAACGGUGAAGGUUUUGUGUGAGGUUGAAGCAGAUCCCGAGGAGGUUACGUUUCGUUGGAUGUUCAAUAACUCUCUUGGAAACCGAGAGGUGUUAACAUUCGAGGAUGACAUGACUCGAAGCGUGGCGAGCUUUAUCCCACAGAACCAGGAAGAUUAUGGUACACUUGUCUGUUGGGGAAGUAACAAAGUAGGCAUGCAGAAGGAACCUUGCUUUUAUAAUGUCACAGCUGCAGGACCUCCGACAAUGCCAGUGAACUGCUCAGUAAGAAACUUAACAAUUGACAGUGUUGAGGUUGGUUGUCUGAAAGGUUAUAAUGGAGGGUUGAGUCAACACUUUGUGUUGGAAUUACAUGGAAACGACCUACAGAAAGUUCACAAAAAGCUAACAUCUAAGAAACCAGAAUUUUCACUUGAAAGACUUUCGAAACAUACGAAAUACCAGAUUUCAAUUUAUGCAGUAAACGCUAAAGGAAGAAGUGAAACAUGGACAACAGAUUUUAACACCCUUGCCUCUUUCGAUGAAACUGAAGGUUCUAAUGACGUGUGGUUUGUUGAGUUCAGUCCAGUUCUGGUGACCACAGUCGCUGGAGUAGCAGGAUUAGUAUUUGUGGUCUUAGUAAUUAUCGUUGUUGUUAAAAUCCGUUCGAGAAGAAAUAGAAAAAGAGUUGCAGGAAAAACUUUCUUCGGAGUCGAAAACCGAGAUGAAAGCGUAACAUUGAAGUCUAGUGCUGAACACUACAGUCCAUUAUCAACAGUUGAAGACGAAAGGGGACCAGAUAUUAUUCCAGCUAAUGGGAAUCUUGUAGAGCUCCGGAAUGUAAACGAAAAUGAAACAUUUGUUGGUGACACCGUCAGAUGGACAAGCCCUUUAGUUGGUGUUCAUUCACAAUUUCAUUCGCUUUGUGAAGUUAGUCUAGGUCCUGAUAUGGAGCUCCCACUUUGCUCUCAACAGCAGAAUACUUUUAGUCCACAAGUUCACCUUUCCUCAUCACAAGAAGCGGCUCAAGAUAAUGGAUUAAAUGUAAAGGUUCUGCCUUCAUCACCAGCUCUUCGAAGGAUUAAUCCUGGUAGACCUGAAGAGAUUUUUUAUUUUUGCUACUAA